AAAUUUAACGUUAUGUGAAAUAACAUAUUGUGAACUUGAUCGGGGGCAUUGAUAUAAAACAGAGUGUCCCAGGUUAAUGUAUUUACUUAAUACUAUUCCUGAAGUGAAGACAUCAAAAAUGAAAGUGACUCUUGCAAUCUUGUUUGUUACACUAAUUGGAUACGUGUGUUCUGAACCAUGUGGAAAUACACAGGAGUGUGAACGUCACCACUUAACACACUGUCACAUGCAUACACAUAUUGUUUGCAAUAGCGGCCAAUGCGAAUGCUCAAGUGGUCCUACUGGCAUAGCAUGCACUCAGUUUUCCGAUUGUAGCAGUGUUACCUGCAGAGAUAAUAACGAUAAUGCCCACUGCGUGGAUGGUCAUUGCCAGUGUACUAGAAGACCUGGGGGACAAGGUGGAAAUUAAAUAAACUUUGAUACACCAAAGCAUAUAUCAUUAAACUAAUACCAUAAAAUGACAUGUUUUUGCUUGUUUCUGUAAAGUCACUAAACAAUUAAAUGCACACAAACAUU